AAGUCAUUGUGUUGUCCUCCUUCGGUCGAGCCGCAGACGCUCCAAAAUGCAGCAUCUUCUUUUAUCCGUUUUCCUGGCGUCCCUGUUGAAAAUCUGCUCAGGGGCAGAUUGGUGCUAUCAGUCUCAGUUCACCUGUGAAAACCAUUGUAAUGCCCCAGAAAAGUGGGAUCAUGCCAACGGAGCAUGUGCAGGAAAGAAACAGUCUCCCAUCAACAUUGUGACCAGGAAGACCAUCCCAGACGACCAUCUGACACCUUUCCAAUUCUUCAACUACCAGGAUGUCUUCAGGAGCGUCAUUAAGAACAACGGCCACUCCGUUCAGGUGGUCAUCCCCAUCCAGGCCAAGGUGGAGGGUGGAAACCUGGUUAUGCCUUACAAGGCCGUGCAGUUCCACCUGCACUGGGGGAAGAACGGAGGACCAGGCUCUGAGCACACCAUCGACGGAGAACAGUACCCCAUGGAGCUGCACAUAGUUCACAUGAAGCAACAUUACACAUCCCUGGGAGACGCACUGAACGACCCGACUGGAGUUGCAGUACUUGGAUUUUUCUAUGAGGAAUCCAUCAGUGUCAACAGAAAAUAUGAGCCAAUCAUAAAUGCCCUGAGUAACAUCCGAGACACAAGUGCCAACACCACUCUGGGCCCAAUCUCCCUGGACCAACUGAUCCCACCUCGCCAGAACCUGACCAGUUACUACCGCUACAUGGGCUCCCUGACCACGCCGGGCUGCAGCCAGGCCGUGGUCUGGACUGUGUUCGAGAAACCCAUCCCUAUCAGCAAGAGCCAGCUGCAGGUGUUUUCUGAGCUGAAGUUCCAUGAUGGGAAGCCCAUGGUGGGGAACUACCGGCCCAUUCAGCCCCUCAACGGACGCCCGGUGUACCGGUCGGGAGGCACCGUGGUUUUAGCUAGCGUUGCCGUUAUGCUAACCUCUGUGGCCAUGGCGACGGGACUGGCCCAGCCCAACUAGAGAAUAGCAUUUUGUCUCCGCACCGCGACUUGCAUGAACACGAUGAGUUCUCAAACUAACCAAUCAACCAACAGACUAAACUCCUGCACUAUCAGCCAUGCCCUAACCACAGACACAUCAGCCUCCAACACCACCAGCAUGCUCAUAAAGACCCACAGGAUGUGGUUCACCAGCCCUCAGCCGUCCUCGUCAAGUGCCAGGUAAAUGUAGUUCAUCUCGGUGUCAAUGUAAACGUGAUCCUUCGUUGAUCCACCUUGCUCAGGUGACAACUGUUCUGGUCACCGAAGCCAAUCAUUGACCUGCCACGUGAAGUGCUUUCCAAUGGAA